AUGUUGGCGCAGAGUAGUCUGCAACAAUUCAAUGCCGGGGAGUGGAACAGCCGAAAGCGCCCCCCCCCCCUCCCCCGGGGGGAUCUCGUAGCCUCCAUCGGCGCCAUGGAGCCGCCGCGUUCGCCUGCUCGCUUCACCGACCUGCUGAUGAUGCUGGACAUGGGCAGGGGCCGCCUCAAGGAGGCGGUGGAGGCGCUGAGGGUGGAAGAUGCCGGCAUGCUACAGGGUCUCGGGGCACUACAUGUUGCUGCCGGCAGAGAGCGGCUGGAGGUGUGCAAGUACUUGGUUGAGGAGCUGCAGGUUGAUGUCGAUGGUGUCGACAAGGGAGGAGAUCGUGAAACUGUUAAACUAUUGCUUGCUAAAGGAGCCUAUAUCGACCCAGUAGCUUUUUGUGGGACACCACUUCAUUGUGCUGCUGCUAACGGGGAUGCGGACAUUAUGAAGAUUUUAUUGGACCACAAUGCGGAUUGCAACAAACUGGUAAAUGGUCAAACACCUCUUAUUGCAGCUGUAGGUGGUGCCUCAAUGAACUGUAUGCUUCUCUUGCUUAAGGCCGGUGCUGAUCACAAGGCAGCUUUAACCCAUUCUUUAAAGAAUCUCCAUUCUGAAAAACUUGUUUCAACUGACUUUGUCAAUUGCUUGAUGGAGGACAUUUCUGCCAGCCAUUUUCCUGAUGAUGAUGAGCCUAUGUCAAAAAGGAAAAUCAGAGCUGCAGGGUUUAAGAAAAUUGCGAAUGUUGCUUUCAAGACGGAGCAAUAUCUUUGUGCGGCAAAAUGCUACACUAUGGCAAUAAGGUUUGAUCCCAACAAUGCAACAUUGUACUCAAACAGGAGCCUUUGUUGGCUUCGCAUGGGCGAGGGAGACAAGGCUUUGUGGGAUGCUAACCAAUGCAGAAAAUUGCUGCUUGACUGCCCAAAAGCCUUUUACCGGCAGGGUGCAGCUCUGAUGCUGCUGAAGGAUUACAAAGGUGCAAGCGAGCAUUUCUUGGAUGGACUCAAGUUGGACCCCGCCAACACUGAGAUGGAGGACGCAUUACGGAAAGCUUAUGAUGCCAUGAAAGAUGUCUCGAAGCACCAAGGCUGAGUAACUGCUCGAGUGUUGCAGACUUGCAAGGAGAGGCCGGAGUGCUGGAUCUGGUCUCUAGUCGAGUUGUCGUUGAACUUUUCACCUUUUGAGCUACCUGUCGUUGAGCGUCUCACCUUUUGCUUAAAGA